AUGUAUCUGAAUCAUGCAUACAUAGAACUAUCAUUCAGAGUUGUAAAACGAAAGCCUGAGAAGAAAUCUCCUGAACGGAAGGGACAUGAUCGUCAUGAUAGAAGGGAUCGCAAAGAUGAUAGUCGGAGCAGUCACAGGAGGAAAGAAGAGGAUAGACAUAGAGAAGUAGAGAAGAGACGCAGAAGUAAAAGUCGCUCUCCUGCUGCUUCCAGUAGAAGAAGAGACAAAGAGGAUAAGCGUGAUAGCGGCAGAAGACGAAGUUCGGAUGAUCGCAAUGCGAAACGUUCGAGAAGGGAGCGAAGCCCUGAGAGGUCACCCGUUCGUGAAAUCAAGCGGGAACCUCCAUCACCGCAAAGUGAAGAGGACGCGUCGCCCAAACAUUCGCAUCCAUCAGGAUCUCGCGAUAAACAUGAUUCCAGAGACGAGUACUCAGACGCAUCCGAUACGGAUUCGCAUGACUCGCUAAGAUACAAAAUGAAGAGUACUGUAAGUAUCGUACAGAAGUAA